AUGCAGCCGGCGGAGAGAUGGACCUGGUUGCUUCUUGUCGUGGGUUUGAUGGCUCAAGACUGCUUUCCAUCCAAGGCAGAGGACCGGCUCUUCAGGAAACUGUUCAGAAGAUAUAACCAGUUCAUCAGACCAGUGGAGAAUGUCUCUGACCCGGUCACUGUGGAAUUCGAGGUCUCCAUCUCACAGCUGGUCAAAGUUGAUGAGGUGAAUCAGAUAAUGGAAACAAAUUUAUGGCUAAGACAUAUUUGGAAUGACUACAAGCUGCGAUGGAUGCCGGCAGAGUUUGACGGGAUUGAGUUCAUUAGAGUUCCAUCGAACAAGAUCUGGAGACCCGACAUUGUGCUGUACAACAAUGCUGUAGGUGAUUUUCUGGUGGAAGAUAAGACCAAGGCUCUACUGAAGUUUGAUGGUACCAUCACCUGGGUUCCUCCAGCUAUUUUCAAAUCCUCCUGCCCCAUGGACAUCACCUAUUUCCCGUUCGACUAUCAGAACUGCUCCAUGAAGUUCGGCUCCUGGACUUAUGAUAAAGCCAAGAUUGACCUGGUACUUAUUGGGUCCAAGGUGAAUCUGAAAGACUUCUGGGAAAGCGGAGAAUGGGAAAUCAUUGACGCUCCGGGCUACAAGCAUGAUAUAAAGUACAACUGCUGCGAGGAGAUCUACCCAGACAUCACUUACUCCUUCUACAUUCGGCGCCUGCCCCUCUUUUACACCAUCAACCUCAUCAUCCCCUGCCUCCUCAUCUCUUUCCUUACAGUGCUGGUUUUCUAUCUCCCGUCCGACUGUGGAGAGAAGGUCACGCUCUGUAUCUCCGUCCUGCUCUCCCUCACUGUGUUCCUACUCGUUAUCACCGAGACCAUCCCCUCCACUUCGCUGGUCAUCCCGCUCAUUGGAGAGUACCUGCUCUUUACAAUGAUCUUCGUCACACUCAGCAUCGUCAUCACCGUAUUCGUGCUAAAUGUACACUACCGCACGCCAAUGACCCACACUAUGCCGGAUUGGGUGCGCUCUGUGUUUCUCAAAGUGCUGCCAAGGAUAAUGUUGAUGCGGAGACCGAUUGAUGAAGACAGCAAGCCCGGGGGGUUGGAUAUCAGUGGGGAGGCAGGAGGAGCUGGAGGGGGAGGAGGAGGCGGAGGAGGGAAAGGAGGGAAGAAGCGAAAGAAUAGCUUGAUGCAGCAGGUUGGAGGAGGCUCUCUCAACUGUCUGGAGUUCAGUGACAGUAAGUUCUCGUCCGUGGAGGGCUGCACUGGUAAGAAAUGCCCUUGCCCCUGCCAACAUGGGAAGGAGAUCCCAGAUACACCAGACAUGGGGAAGAUAACACGUCAGCUGAGUCAUCAGAGCAUCAACACUGUGGUGGCCUUUUCUGUGCUGUCACCUGAGGUCAAACAGGCCAUAGAGAGCGUCAAGUACAUUGCUGAGAACAUGAGGAGUCGCAACAAGGCCAAAGAAGUGGAGGAUGACUGGAAGUAUGUUGCCAUGGUAAUCGAUCGAAUCUUCCUUUGGGUGUUUGUGACCGUGUGCGUCCUGGGAACUGUGGGCCUCUUCCUCCAGCCUCUUUGUGGUUUUGUCUCAUAA